AUGGGGGCAGCGCCUUUCAUGAUCGAUGAUACCGACAUCGCGCUUGACCGUAUCCCCUUAACGGAGGGAGAUUAUAGAUCGCAACUGAUGUCAGUCUCACUCACACUUGGGGAUCUUAUGAUCGCCGCUACACGGGUCUAUAAAGCGAGUUCUAAGGCCACUGUUGAUGACUGUGGCGAAUUUCCGUCAUUCAUACAACUUACAUCAAGCACGUCUUUCGACAGCUUCCACCGGUCACAUGCAUCCUAUCUCGAGAUCUGGUACCACGUUGCUGCUAUGCUGUCUUGUCGAUACAGUGGCCCAGGCAGUCCCCAAUACAACCGCCGUCUUGCAUCGGCUGGAGGAUCAUUUACCGUGCGUUGCGAGAUGGCCAGCGAGAUCCCGAGACUGCCUGUGAGGACCUAA